AUGGGGUUCACAAGUUUUCUCUUGGGUGUCUUUCUUGCUUUUGCUAUGGCUCCCCCUAUGGCUAAUGGGGACGCUAUUGUUCCCAUAUUGUGUAUCUUUGGAGAUUCUGUAGUUGAUGUGGGAAACAAUAACAACCUCACUACACUGAUCAAGGUAAAUUUCCCUCCUUACGGAAGGGACUUCUCGUCACCCACAAACCUACCGGGAGCAUAUCUCAGCCAGGACGCCAAAGGAAAUAACCUCUUGACCAGUGCCAACUUCGCGUCAGCUGAUUCUGGUUAUUUUGACAGGACAGCACAGUUCUACCUCGUUCUCUCACUCACCCAGCAGCUAGCAUACUACAAGGAAUAUCAAGACAAAGUUGUGAGGAUGGUAGGAAAAGCCAGAGCUAAUUCCAUGUUCUCGGGCCGAAAUCCAUCUCGCAGGAAGCAGCGACUUCGUUCAGAACUGGCGGAUCCAUGCAUGAGCUAUUUUGGUGCAGUUUCGGGGCUAAGAGUGAAUGAGCUUAAAUCUCAUAUGUACUGUGCUGGCAUUGUGGAGCAGGAUCUGGAGAAAACUCCAUUAUGUACAAACUCCAAAGACGAACAGCAUGAGCAUUUUUCACAUCAAAUCCUACCUUUUCAACAGACUCUCUAUGGCCUGGGAGGAAGGAAGAUUGGAGUUACAACCUUACCACCAACUGGAUGCUUGCCAGCAGCUAUCACACUAUUUGGCUCAGGGAGCAACCAAUGUGUUGAGAGUCUGAACCGAGAUGCAGUUUCCUUAAAAAAUAAGCUAAAGAGCACAUCACAAUACUUGCACAGCAAGCUUCCUGGUCUCAAACUUGUUGUCUUUGAUAUCUAUCAGCCUCUCCUUGACCUGGUUGCAAAGCCCACCGAUAAUGGUAUGAAUAUAUUUUUCCAUGUUAGAAUUCAUCUGCAACUAUAUAUACUAGGGUUUUUUGAAUCAAGGAAGGCUUGCUGCGGAACGGGUACAAUAGAGACAUCCAUGCUUUGCAAUGCCAGAUCUGUAGGAACAUGCUCAAAUGCUACAGAGUAUGUGUUUUGGGAUGGAUUUCACCCAUCUGAAGCUGCUAAUCAAGUCCUAGAACAGGAUCUUCUUGAACAGGGAUUCUCCCUCAUCUCUUGAAGAGUAAUAGAUCCUAUAGCAAAACUUGAGAAUACCUUCGU